GGACGCGGCAAUUCGUCAAAAAUUCACAUGUAAAGGAUUGCUCUCUAUUGUUGUCAUCGUCGCUCUUUAGGUUGUUGAUGGGACGAUAGAGAAAGGGACAAAAAUAGCUUUAGACGAACGAAAUUCCCUGCAUACGUUGCGGGUGAAUAAAGAAGAGUCCUGCAUUGGCGUGAACUUUGACUAAGGAUGGUACGGUACGGCUACGGUUUUUAUGACAUCGAAUCAAAUGGAAUUCAUUUGUUGUGCGACAGGUGCGCUAUGAACAAGGAUACAAAGUUUAUUUGUCUUCAGUUCCUUGCCAACAACUGCCAGGAUAACAUCACGGUCGUGCAUUGUAUAUUUCUAAGGCGUUAUUAAUCCUUUUUUUAAUCACAAACAAAUAACAUAGUUAUUGUUUUAUUUUUUGAGCUGUGAAAAAAAAAAAAUAAUAAUUUAAAAAAAGUGUACAGCCUAAAAGUAUGCUAAAAGUGGAACUUAAGUUUUUAUGUUUAACAUUAAAAAAGUGAUAAAUAAAAUUGUAUAAGUGCCGGUUUAAAAAUACACUUACUCGUAUAAUUAUUUGUAUUUAGUGCCUCGUUUGAUAAAUCGAAAAGAUCCAGCUAUACAACUUAAUUUAAUUAGAGGAACAAAAUUAAAAGUUCGUGUAAAAAAAUAUUUUGUUUUACUUUUAAUUAGAAUCCGGCAUUAGGAAAGAUAUCUAGGAACUACCCCUUAUAAAAUAUACAAAAAGAAAUGGAAAACCUUAUGGAAUACCGCAUGCUACCGGCAAUCAGUACAUUUCCGCAAUUCAAUCGACCUAUGUCAAUUCUCUCGCCCUUGGACUUAUCCUUACGUUCGUCUUCUAUUCCAAUUACACCACCAUCAACACCCUCACCCCCAAGAAAGCGCACAAAAAUGUUCGAAGAGCAAAACAUUUGGCGUCCACAUUCCCUAAGCUACUUUGACGGAACACCUUUCGUGGGUCAGCACCGUGUGGCGGAAAAUCCAAUCACCAGCAUUAACAGGACAACAAGUUCAAGUUCCCCAUCAAAACAACCAGAAGACGACAAUGACUGUUGCUUCAAGGAUAAAUCACGAACUGCCAGCAGCAAUGUGGAGGGUGGUGGUGAGAGUGAAGUCGAUGGUCAAUCGAUAAAUAUUUCCGAAGAUGAAACAAUUAUUCUGACCGAAGACGACGAAAACGACGUUGACGCCGAUGCCGCAUCCGAUUCUGACAACGACGACGAGGAGUAUGUCGACGUGCUGGGCAACGAUGACGAAGAGUACAGCGCACCCCCGAAACAGCUAUUUCUCCCUAAUUCAGACGAGGAAAAUAUAAAUCCUCCGAAGGCGCUUACUCGAGACAAAUUAGUCUACGAGGACGAAGAAUUACACAAGAAGGCCAUGGAUGGUUUCGCUAAGCUCUUUGUGAGGGAUUUUAAGAACGACCCAAACCCCGCCACACAAACCGCACCAAAAAUCAGUGAAGAACUGGCAAGCACUAGUGCUAGCGUUGUCCCUGAGUUCACCAAAAGUUCGAAGAUGGAAAAGAAACGAUUCAAAAUGCGGAAACAGCUUUCGCUGGACGAGGACAAUACCAGUCCUGUUUCGGGAACAAUCAUAAGAAAGCUGCGCGACGACGAAGAGCUGGUGGUGCGAAAAGGUGACAUAGAUCCAGCCUUCAAUGUGGUCGAAAUAACUGAGGAGGCAAAGGCGAUUUUGGCGAGCAUAGACAACAAAAUUGGAGCGUACUUAUGUCAGCUUUGCCGAACACUGUACGACGAUGCCUUCCAACUGGCCCAGCAUCGGUGUCCCCGCAUCGUUCACAUUGAAUACAAGUGUUCCGAGUGUGAAAAGGUAUUCAAUUGUCCGGCUAAUUUGGCAUCGCACAGACGAUGGCACAAACCGAAAACCGAAGCAAUGGGGAGUUCACAUCAAUAUAGAAAGCGUAUUUCAGUUGAGGGUGAGACUGUCAAGCGUACCGAUGGCGAAGAGUCAACUUCUGAGGGAAUAUUCAAUUGCAAUCAGUGUGGAAAAUCAUUUAGAAGACAAGCAUAUCUUAAGAAACAUCUAGCUUCACAUCAAAUGUUAGAAGAACUGAAGGCGAUCGAUUCGUAUAAACAGACCAACAAUGCAUUUCCUCAUAGUGCUUCUAAUUUCACCUUCCACCAAGUCAACCAUCAAGUUCAUCAUCAUCAAACAUCACAAAACCAUCAUUUCUUACAUCAUCCUCCUAAAACCUAUUCAAAUCAUCCACCUGGAGCCCGAUUUCCAAAUUUAUUCACAAACUUCGACCAUCGAAGGUUUCAUGUUCUCAGUGAUUUGUAUUUAUCACAUCAGCUUGAUCGGUCUUCAGCAUUUCAAUACGUUCAAAAUCAGAACAUUCGAGGUCUGCCUAUGGCACCUAUGAUUUCGCCUUUGAUGCAAAUGCCUGUGAAAUGACAGGUUUUGAGACCAGUGCCAAGGAUAGCACUGAUAAAUAGUACGACCACUAACUCUACCGCAACCAAAGUAGCAUGCCACGAACAACAAAAAUUACCAACAGCAGGAGUUGGUGGGGGCAUUGCUUCUGCUGAUGGUAAUGCUGCCUCGUCAGUGCCAUGGACAAAUACUUCGGUGGAAUUCACUAAUUUAUGAAGAACCUAAGAGGAGACAGUGCUGUAGGAUAAAUUGAGAGUCAAAAAGAUCAAGAAACGUACGAGUAUCAUAAAGUUUAAGCAUCAUUAUAUUGAUUAUUGUCAACAUCUUGCGAAUGUACCUUUAGAAGUAUAGAUAUUAUAAAUAGGAAUUAAAUUGUUAACAAAUA